AUGCUCCUGCGAAUCGUGCGACACGGGAUUCAAUACCUCAAUACCUCUGGCAAGCCGUGGUGGUUCUUCAGACAGGGAUACCUUCGCCCGCUUCCCGGAGCAGUCAGUGCCCAUUCCUUGUUCCCUUCUCGUCAAUCUUGCGGCGAUCGAAUCCUCAACCAACUAAUGUACUGCGAAGAGCAAGAAGACGAAAGCACGACGGUGCUGAAGACCAUUCUAUUGCAAGACGGUUGGCCUGGGAUUCAACUGGGUCGGGAACAGUUUCUGAACCAGCAGUGCCCUGUGAAUGCCUGCAGACUGACGACGAAUCAGUCCGAGGCCGCGGAUGCAGUGCUGUUCGGCGGUCGUUUGCCUCGAGCAGAAACUCCCCGGUCGAAUCAGCUGUGGAUCGCGAAUCUCUUGGAGAGUCCCCGCAACCUCAGACGCUAUGGAUUGUCCGACGUCGACUGGAUCGCCUCGUACCGGCGCGACAGCGAGAUCGUCACGCCCUACGAGAAGUGGGUGUACUACGAUCCAGACGUGAAAGUUAAAACUCAGAGCAGGAACUACGCCAGUGGGAAGACGAAAAAAGUGGCAUGGUUCGUUUCCAACUGUCGCACCAAGAAUCGAAGAAUGCAAUAUGCCAGAGAAUUGGCGAAGCACAUCGAGGUGGACAUUUACGGGGGGUGCGGGUCCCUCAAGUGCCCUCGCUCCGAUGAGAAAUGCUUCAGAAUGCUUUCCGAAGACUACAAGUUCUACCUGUCCUUUGAAAACUCCAAUUGCAUCGACUACAUCACGGAAAAGUUCUUCGUGAAUGGACUUGGAGCGGCGCCGAAGAAUUCCUUCUUGCACGUGGACAACUUCAAUUCUACAGAGGAAUUGGCAGCUUAUUUGCACACACUGGACCAGAAUGAUUCCCUCUACAACGAGUACUUCCAGUGGAAGGGAACAGGAGAGUUCAUCGACACCCGAUUCUUCUGCCGGCUCUGCGCCAUGCUCCACGCCAAAGACAAAGUCCCUUACAGCGGCAAGGGGCCAGAACUGGAGACUACAACGAGUACUUCCAGUGGAAGGGAACAGGAGAGUUCAUCGACACCCGAUUCUUCUGCCGGCUCUGCGCCAUGCUCCACGCCAAAGACAAAGUCCCUUACAGCGGCAAGGGGUCAGAACUGGAGGCCUGGUGGGGAGGUCCCGGCGCCGUUUCCCGGACCUGUCAGUGCUCAGUCCUUGUUCCCCUCUCCUGAUGAACGAGGCGAAGAUCGAAUCGUGAACCAGUUGAUGUACUUCCAAGAGGACGAAAACGCAACGAAGCUGAAGACCAUUUUCUUGCAUGACAUAUGGCCUGGGAUUCCCCUCGGCCAGCAACAUUUCCUGAACCAGCAGUGCCCAGUGAAUAAGUGCAGAUUGACGAAGAAUAACGCGGACGUUGCGGAUGCAGUGCUGUUCAAGGGUCGCGUGCCUAGAAGAACAACGUUUCCUCGUCGGGGCAAGCUUUGGAUCGUGAAUAUUUUGGAAAGUGCCUUCUUCUCCAUGAAUUCAGGUUCGGGGGGCGUCGACUGGAUCGCCUCGUACCGGCGCGACAGCGAGAUCGUCACGCCCUACGAGAAGUGGGUGUACUACGAUCCAGACGCGAAGGCCAAAAACCAGAUGAGGAACUAUGCGAAGGGGAAGACGAAGAAGGUCGCGUGGUUCGUGUCUCAUUGCCGCACGAGGAACGGAAGACUGGAGUAUGCCAAGGAAUUGGCGAAGUACAUCGAGGUGGACAUUUACGGCGAGUGCGGCACCCUCAAGUGCUCUCGUUGGGAUGAGAAAUGCUUCAGAAUGCUUUCCGAAGACUACAAGUUCUACCUGUCCUUUGAAAACUCCAAUUGCAUCGACUACAUCACGGAGAAGUUCUUCGUUAAUGGGCUCGGGAAUGACAUCUUGCCGAUCGCACUGGGCGCUCGUCUCGAAGACUACGAAAGAGCGGCACCCAAGAAUUCCUAUUUGCACGUGAAGAACUUCACUUCUCCGGAAGAACUGGCAGCUUAUUUGCACAAACUGGAUCAAGAUGAUUCUCUGUACAACGAAUACUUCCGGUGGAAGGGAACUGGGGAGUUCAUCGACACGCGAUUCUUCUGCCGGCUCUGCGCCAUGCUCCACGCCAAAGACAAAGUCCCUUACAGAGGCAAGGGGUCAGGAAUGGAAGCCUGGUGGAGGGGCCCUGGCGGAACAGGGGAGUUCAUCGACACCCAAUUCUUCUGCCGGCUCUGCGCCAUGCUCCGCGCCAAAGACAAAGUCCCUUACAGAGGCAAGGGGUCAGAACUGGAGGCCUGGAGGAAGGGCACUUGCCUUAUUUGCACAAACUGGACGAAGAUGAUUCCCUGUACAACAAAUGCUUUCAAUGAAAGGGAACAGGGGAGUUCAUCGACACCCGAUUCUUCUGCCGGCUCUGCGCCAUGCUCCGCGCCAAAGACAAAGUCCCUUACAGAGGCAAGGGGUCAGAAAUGGAAGCCUGGUGGACGGGCCCUUGCAGACGGGUCCAUUCGGCCGCUUCCCGGCGCAGUCAGUGCCCAGUCCUUGUUACCCAACCCCUAUGAAUCCGACGACGAUCGAAUCCUGAAACAACUAAUGUAUAGCGAAGCGCAAGACGUCGAAAAUACGAUGAAGCCGAAGACCAUUCUAUUGUAUGACGUGUGGCCUGGGAUUAAGAUGGGUCAGGAACAGUUUCUCGAUCAGCAGUGCCCUGUGGAUGCGUGCCGACUGACAAUGGACAACUCAGAGGAUGCAGAUGCAGUGCUGCUCAAGGAUUUCGUUCCAAGAAAGAUAAUGGUUUCUCGCCAUUCCGGUCAGGUGUGGAUCGCGAAUCUCUUGGAAAGUCCUCUCAACUCCGGAAUGUCCUGGUCAAAGGAAGCCAACUGGAUCGCCUCUUAUCGACGCGAUAGUGAGAUAGUCACUCCUUACGAGAAGUGGGUGUACUACGAUCCGACGGUGAAAGCUAAAACUCAGACGAGGAACUUUGCGGAAGGAAAGACAAAAAAAGUGGCAUGGUUUGUGUCAAAUUGUGUUACCGAAAACCAAAGAAUGCAGUAUGCCAAAGAAUUGGCGAAGCACAUCGAGGUGGACAUUUACGGGGGGUGCGGGUCCCUCAAGUGCCCUCGCUCCGAUGAGAAAUGCUUCCAAAUGCUUUCAACAGACUACAAGUUCUACCUGUCCUUUGAAAACUCCAAUUGCAUUGACUAUAUCACAGAGAAGUUCUUCGUUAAUGGGCUUUGUAACGACAUCUUGCCGAUCGCACUGGGCGCUCGUCUCGAAGACUACGAAAGAGCGGCACCCAAGAAUUCCUUUUUGCACGUGGGCAACUUCACUUCUCCAGCAGACUUGGCAGCUUAUUUGCACAAACUAGACCAGGAUGAUUCCCUGUACAACGAGUAUUUCCAGUGGAAGGGAACGGGGGAGUUCAUCGACACGCGAUUCUUCUGCCGGCUCUGCGCCAUGCUCCACGCCAAAGACAAAGUCCCUUACAGAGGCAAGGGCAAUGGAUCUUUAAGGCCUUCCCCCGAAAGAGUGAGUUCUCGGUCUUUGUUCCCGUACACCUGGGAACGCGGCGACGAUCGAAUCGUAAAGCAACUCAUGUACUCCGAGAGGCAAGGAGACACGAAUGCGACUAAACUGAAGACGAUUCUCUUGUAUCAUCGAGAAUGGAAUGGAGUUCAAUUGGGUCGGGACCAUUUCUUGGAUCAGCAGUGCCCCGUGGACACUUGCAAUUUGACUAUGGAAAGGACCGAGGCUGCGGACGCAGUGCUCUUCAGAGAUCGCGUCCCGCGUAAAGUGGGCUUUCCACGCCCGUCGAGCCAGUUGUGGAUCGCUUACGUGUUGGAGCCCCCCCAAAAAAUCCGAAGAAUCUCGGAAGUGGCGAACGCCAACUGGACCGCCACCUACAGGAGUGACAGCGAGAUCGUCACGCCCUACGAGAAGUGGGUGUACCACGAUCCCGAAGUGAAAACGAAAAGCCAGACGAGGAACUACGCGAAGGGGAAGACGAAGAAGGUCGCGUGGUUCGUAUCCAAUUGCCGUGCCAGGAACAACCGACUGCAGUAUGCCAGAGAAUUGGCGAAGCACAUCGAGGUGGACAUUUACGGCGCUUGCGGCACCCUCAACUGCCCUCGUAAGGAGGGGAAAUGUUUCGAAAUGCUCUCCCAAGACUACAAGUUCUACCUGGCCUUUGAAAACUCAAAUUGCAAGGAAUACAUCACGGAAAAGUUCUUCCUCAAUGGACUCGGGAACGACAUAUUGCCCAUCGUAAUGGGCGCUCGACCGGAAGAUUACGAGCGAGUGGCACCAAAAAAUUCAUAUUUGCAUGUGAACAACUUCUCUUCUCCGGAAGAACUGGCAGCUUAUUUGCACAAACUGGACCAGGACGAUUCCCUGUACAACGAGCAUUUCCAGUGGAAGGGAACAGGAGAGUUCAUCAACACGCGAUUCUUCUGCCGGCUCUGCGCCAUGCUCCACGCCAAAGACAAAGUCCCUUACAGAGGCAAGGGGCCAGAACUGGAAGCCUGGUGGAGGGGUCCUGACGUCUGCGCCUAAGGCUCAUGGAGGAAUCCCAUUCCCAAUUUAAUUUCUGCGUUCA